UUCAGGUUACGCUUACGCAAGUUACGCUCCAUGUGCCUGCUCCCUGAAGUUCAGAAUUGUGCGUGUUUAUUAACGAUAUCGGUAUUUAUAACCUGUUAUUAUAUUCCCUAACUUUAAUCUCUCAAUUAUGUCGGAGCACAUUUUCUGUCAACUACAUUUCCGGGCUAUAAUUGCUGUAAAGCGCGGCUGUUCAGACCCAUUGCGUGCAGAGUGCAACAUGUGAAAUCAGUACGUUGUUAUAUGAUGAUCAUGAUUCUAAUAAACGUCUAUCGUUGUAUCCUAAAAGCUGAGGCUUACGCCCGUUAAUUUCAAGUAGAUCUGACUGCAUGUAUCAUCUUUUUGAUACAGGUAAGACUGUAAACUGUACUUCAAAAUACUUCUGCGCAUCCAGUUUCUCCUUUGGACAGCGUCUAGUGCUUUCAUGUCACAUCCAAGAACGAGAUUAAAACGGCUCGAGAAAAGUGAAAUAAGCAAGAACUUGAUGAGAUGAAUAAUAAAAAGAAGAUAGUGGAAGAUAAUUGCAAAAUGCAUGGAUUUAGAAGGGGACUCGACGCAGAAAAGAUUAUUGGCGCGGCGGAUGAUAAUGGAGUACUGAUGUACUUGAUGCAAUGGAAAGGAACGGACGUGGUCGACUUGGUAUCCUCCACGGAGGCCAAUAUAAAUUGCCCUCAAGUCGUCAUCCAAUUUUAUAAAGAUCGAAUGACCUGGGACGUAGCUAAGUCCAGUGACAAAUAAACGCGCUUCCUUACAAGAUAUUCGAAGAUAUUGACAUUUAUUGCAAUCGAAAUGGUUUAAGAUCCAUCUGUAUCCUGUAUAAUAUGAUCUGAACGUAUAAUAAAUACUGUUUUUAUAUUA